GAAAAACAUAAAAAAAAACUCUUACUAACACAAAGCACUCUUAACAUAGCAACAAUGCACAUCCAAGAUGCAACAAUCGAUGCAUAUCUAAGGUGGGUCCGAACGGGCAUGAGCCUACGCUGGUUCUUGAAUGAGCCAUGCGGUGGCGGAGCCUCUUCGACUGGGAAAGGGAAUGGGAAUGGGAAUGGGUAAAUAUAUGUGUGUGUGUGUGUGCGGGCGUUUGCAAGGCCAUGGGGCCUGACCAACGGAGCACGAUAUGCCAGACCACCUCCACGUGGUGUGCUCCGGACAACAUCUUGGAGAGACUUUUCGAUGGUGACAAAGGAAAGCACUUUCCAAGGUGGCUAAGAGUCUGGCUUCUUGUAGCUUAGAAUAGUAGCCAGAAAAGUGUUUGUGAAAUCUGAUCCUAG